AUGUCUUUUUAUAACAAAGAUAAUACUAAAGUAUCAACUCAUGGAAUGUUUGAUCAACACAAUUCAAAUAAUAACAUGGUGCAAACUUCUAGAUAUAUUCGCAUACUUGAAGCUAAUUUAGCUAAAGAUUCUAAUCAAGAUAGUAUGAAAGAUUCUCAACAAUUAAUUAAAAUAAUGUUAACAAAUGAUGAAUAA